AUGGGGGCCUCGCGUGUCCGAAAGCAGCUGUUGCUGCUGGGCGCCUUGGGUUUGUGUUGCUGCAGCAGCAGCAGCAGUGUUGCCGCCGGGGAGUUGAGAAGCGGGUCCGUAGAUGUAGGAGCAGUCAGUGCAGCAGCAGAGUCUGCAGCAGCAGCCGCUGCAGCAGACACAGAAACACCAGCAGCAGCAGCAGCAGCAGCAGCAGCAGCAGCAGCAGGAGAGGUAUCUGAUCGGCAUCUUCGUCAGGUCAUAGAAGACUUCGAUAUGCACGAGGGUUUAGUGAGGGCCCUGGGGCCCCUUGCCCCCCUGGAGGUCCCUGACUGGAGCGAGGGUUUACUGGAGCAAGACCGCGGCCAAAACAGCAGCAGCAGCAGCAGCAGCAGCAGCAGCGGGACUCGGGUUCACUUCAUGGGCCCCUUUCCCCCCAAUAGACCCUGGGCCCCCGUAUACUUCUCUGGCUACGGCCAGCACUACCCCAUGGGGCCCCUCCUCCUCUCCUGCAUCACUCAGUCAGGCGGACGAGCGACCUGCAACGCAGAGAAUUGCUUGGGGUGUAUGGGGCUCCCCACAGCCUCUUACGACCCCCUGAAGACAGAGACACGGCUGGAGACAGGAGUGAAUGAGACACAGGGGGGAGAAGCAGCAGCAGAUGGAAACCAAAAUGCUGCUGCUGCUGAUGCUGCUGCUGCAGCAGAAGAAGAAGAUAGCUGGAAUGCUGCUGCUGCUGCACCCUUUAAUCCUGUCACACCAGAAGAGCUGUUUACUCUCUUACCCAAACUCAAACAACAAAUCGGAGGGGACCCAGAUGAUUUGACUCUGUUUGAAUCUAUGCUGAAGACCUCCAGCAUCCAGCAGCUGGUGCCGUGCCCCCUCACCUUUUUCGCUGUCACCGACGACAAAGCGAGAGACUUUCAGGGGGGGAGGCCCCCCCCCUGUCUAGCCAAGGCCAUAGCCAGGCCAGAGAACCAAAGAAAUGUACUCAAACUCGUCGGGCAUUGA